AUGUUCAACAGGGGCUAUGGUGGUCAAGGACCAGGUGGAGUAGGACCAGGCGGAUUCAGACCUGGAGGAUUUGGACCUGGUGGAGUCGGUCCUGGUGGAGUAGGACCUGGCGGAGUCGGACAAGGAGGUUUGCGACCCGGCUUCUUUGGUCCAGGCAGUGGUGGUGUAGGAGUCGGCCCUGGAGGUGUUGGGGCCGGUGGAAAGCCUCCAAAAACAGGUGGCUACGGUGGUCGUGGAGGAACAACCGGAGGGCUUGGAGCAGGACAGGGAGCUAGGGGCUACGGACCUGGAGCUGGAGGAGUUGGUGCAGGUGGAUUCCAACCAGGCCGGACUGGUACAGGAGCAGGAGGCCUCGGGGCUGGAACAGGCUACGGACCUGGAGGUCAGUGGUUUUCAUUUGCUUACAACUUCUUCGUCCUAACAUGA